AUGACGUGGGAUAUCAAAAAAGAACUAAUGGGGAAACCGGAACGCGCGGCGGCUGAAAAACUGAUGUCCUAUUUCCCGGAUAUCUCGUUGACUACCGAUGAGUACAUCACACGUCGGCGCGCCGCCCAAGAUCUGGCCUGGCCAACUGUUCAAUUGCUCCCAGGGGCGCACAAGCUCAUUUCUCACCUGGCCGCACACAAGGUCCCUAUUGCAGUUGCAACAGGCUCCCAGAGACGUAAUUAUGAGCUCAAGACGGGCAUUUGCAAAACACCUUCGCAUGGUAAACCUGCACCAGACGUAUUCCUCUAUGCUGCCAAACAAGCAGGGUUCCCCGAAGUUGGCCUCGGCGAAGAUACCAUUAGCGAUGCAGAGAAAGCGACUAGGGCACAGGGGUUGGUAUUUGAAGAUGCAACAUCGGGGGUUAUUGCUGGGAAGCGGGCGGGUAUGAAUGUGGUCUGGAUACCCGACCCAAACCUGGCAGCUCUCACAACCGCCGAUGAGCUUGGGGCUGACGAGACGUUACGAUCACUCGAAGAUUUUAUUCCAGAAAGCUGGGGACUGCCUCCAUAUCCCAAAAACUGA